CUGUUUGAUUCUGGGGCACAGAAUGAUCCUCAGGAUGAGUAUGGUGAUUCUCUGGACCUUGAGAGUGACGAAAAAGAAUGCAAACCUGGACCAAGCAGUCAGCACACAGCAAACACUACUGUCAACCACAACUUGGAGGAGGAAGGCAUUAGACAGGGAGACAGUGGCCUUCUUUUCCCAGAGACUGAGCCUUUAAAAGCUCAGCACCCACCCUCUGAAAACCCGGGGACAGGUCUCUCAAACCCUGGAGAGCCAGCUACUUCAGUAGAUGACCAGGUGAUGGAGGAAGGGCCCUGGCUUAAACAUCCAUCCUUCCUGGCUAUGCAUCCACAGCCUCAGAAGAGACCAAAACAGGCUGUGCCCCAGGAGCAGCAUUCUGAAGCAGAAAUGGGCCCUGUCAUCUUGAGCCAUGAUUAUCCAGAGCCUGCCUUUCCAAGCCCAGAGACCCAGCAGGAGGGGAUUCCAGGCCCUGCUUCCCCUCAGCUGGCCCUUCCUCUGGAAGAAGUUGAGGAACGUGGGCCAUCUUCCUCCCUGCCAGGAUCUCAGAAGGCCAAUUUGGAAACCAUGUGGGGACAAGGAGCUGUGGCAAUAGAUCAAGAACUGGUUACACUGUUAGUGAAAGAAACAGAGGCAAGAUUUCCAGAUGUGGCAGAUGGAUAUGUCAAAGAGCUUAUUCAUUUGAAGAACUACUAUGAUUUGAAUGUACUUUGUAAUUUUCUUCUGGAAAACCCAGAUUAUCCAAAGAGAGAAGACCGGACCAUUCUCCACCCCAGCAGCAGUCUGCUUGCCAGCCAGAAUGAUGUGGAGUUGACUAACAUAGACUUUUUUGACUAUUCCAAACUGACUCCACUUGACAAGCAAUGCUUCCUCCAAGCUGGUGAACUCUUGAUGGCUGAAUUCAAGAUGCUCAACAGCAAAGACAUCAAGUGGGCCCUACACGAGUUCAAAGGACACUAUGCGAUCACCCGGAAGGCCUUUUCUGAUGCUUUUAAAAAAUGGCAGGAGCUGUCACCUGAAGCCAGUGGAGAACAGACAAAGGGGAAAGAAAUGAACCAGGAUUCUUUCAUAGAUUUCAAAUUUGAACAAGGUGAAAUAAAAAUAGAAAAGAGGAUGUUCCUUUUGGAAAAGAAGCAUCUACAGUUUAGACACUGUAGAUCCUAUGAGCUGAGCGACCUCCUUCCAGCUGUGCGGCUUGAGCGGGAAUUCUAUGAGCAGAAAAUCAAAGAGAUGGCAGAGCAUGAAGACUAUUUGCUAGCCCUGAAGAUGAAUGGAGAACAAUAUGAACAGGACGGACAGCUGAUUGAGUGUGGGUGCUGCUAUGGGGAGUUUCCAUUUGAGGAGCUGACACACUGUUCUGAUGCUCACCUGUUCUGCAAGGAAUGCCUCAUCAGAUAUGCCCAAGAGGCGGUGUUCGGGUCUGGAAAGUCAGAUCUGAGCUGCAUGGAAGGCAGCUGCACAAGUUCCUUCCCCACCAGUGAACUGGAGAGGGUGAUUUCCCAGGCUGUUCUGUACAAAUACUAUGAACGCAGAGCUGAAGAAGCAGUCGCUGCAGCCUGUGGUAAGGAGCUUGUCUGCUGGUGUAGCUUCCCAGGGUCAACAACUUCAAGAUCAACUUCCGUCCUAUGCCAGCACCAUACUUUCCACCUCUGCCCAACGUGCAUGUCAGCUAUGACUUUGGCCUCGUGCAUGGGGCCCUGGAGCACAACCUGCACAUGCGAUUAG